CCCGCCUGCAGGAGUGGAGGCUCCGGCUCGGCGCAGGGUGCAGCGAGGGCGCCCACGCCUCGAGAGUCGCGGGAGAAGACGCCCGGGAGAACGCGAGACCUCGGCGGGGAGCUGCGGCGGCUCAGGUUGAUAUUGGAAGUUUCCUGAUUAUUAGAAAUUGAAUGUAAUGGCAGCAGAAUGUAUAAAGAGUUGCUGUAGAGGAUGUUUCUAUGGUGAAACAGAAAAGCACAAGUCUUCUGUGGAAAGGGACUUUAAAGCAUCAGUCUCAAAUGGCCAAAAUACUAUCUGUACACCUCCACUGACUUCUGUUUCAGUAAAGCCCCAAGUUGGCUGUAGUGAGGAUUAUUUGCUUUCCAAAUUACCAUGUGAUGGCAAAGAAGUUCCAUUUGUGGUGCCCAGGUUUAAAUUAUCUUAUAUUCAGCCCAGGAUGCAAGGAACUCCCUCACAUCUGGAUGAAUUAGAAGGAUCUGUCAGAGCAUCUUUUGGAGAUCAAAAGGCAGAACUCUGCAGUUCAUUGUACCAUGGACCCAGCUAUGAUGUGUAUAAUCCGUGCUAUAUGUAUCAGCAGUGUUCACCUGAUUUAAAUAGGCGCUUUCCUUCUCAUUUUGAAACCAAAAAAAUGUAUGGCUCUGUUUGUGAUUUAAGGACCAGUAAACGUCCUGUUUCCCCUGGGCUAAGCAAAUCCAUGUUUGAUCUUACAACUCCACCUCAACGAUUCAUCCAGAGACAUGACUCAUUGUCCAGUGUGCCUAGUAGUUCUUCUUCCAGGAAGAAUUCUCAGGGCAGUAACAGAAGCCUGGAUACAAUCACCCUGUCAGGAGAUGAAAGAGACUUGGGGAGACUGAAUGUGAAAUUGUUUUAUAAUUCUUCAGCAGAACAGAUCUGGAUCACAGUUUUGCAGUGCAGAGAUGUAAUUUGGCCCUCUAGUUAUGGAGAUACUCCCACAAUUUCUAUAAAAGGAACUUUAACUUUCUCUAAACCAGUGCAUUUUAGAUCUUCAGCCAAAGAAGCUUCCAAUGCUAUUGAAUUUAUGGAAACCUUUGUAUUUGCUAUUAAACUACAAAGUCUACAAACUGUGAGGCUUGUAUUUAAGAUUCAAACCCAGACUCCCAGGAAGAAAACCAUUGGAAAAUGUUCUCUAUCACUCAGAACUCUCAGUACACAGGAAAUGGAUUACUCGUUGGAAAUAAUACCACCUUCAAAAAUUUCUGUUUGCCAUUCAGAACUUGAACUGGGGACUUGUUUUCAAGCAGUAAAUAGCAGGAUUCAGCUGCAAAUUCUUGAGGCACAAUACCUUCCAAGCUCAUCAACACCUCUGACUUUGAGUUUUUUUGUGAAGGUGGGGAUGUUUAGCUCAGGAGAGCUGAUCUAUAAAAAGAAGACACGCUUACUGAAGGCAUCCAGUGGAAGAGUAAAGUGGGGAGAAACUAUGAUUUUUCCACUUACACAGACUGAAAAAGAAAUUGUUUUCCUCGUUAAACUUUACAGUCGAAGCUCUGUAAGAAGAAAACAGUUUGUAGGCCAGCUCUGGAUAAGUGAAGACAGUAAUGAUAUUGAAGCAGUGAACCAAUGGAAAGAAACAAUCACAAAUCCAGAAAAGGUUGUUAUCAAGUGGCACAAGUUAAAUCCAUCAUGAAGACUUCAGGCAUUAAUUUAGUGAAGAAACAACUUUAUAGUCUUUUAGAAGAAACAUAAUUUUAGUUUUCUAAAGCUUGUAAUGCAUUCUAUCAGUUAUACAAAGUGAACAAAAUGUUUUAAAAUAGUACCAAAACAGAAGUUAAAAUAAAGGGUUGUAUUAUUAGGCCAACUAAAUAGAUUAUAAAAUCUAUGAAAAUAUCAUUCCUAGAUAGGUUUUUCUAUAUUGCUUUUGCUUUUUUUGCUUUGUUUUGUGCUUUGAAAACUUUAAUUUUGAAUACUGAAAACUUAUUUUUCAAGUAAACAAAUCCAAAUCUUUGAGCCUCUAAAGUAAACAUAAAAAAAGGUAAGAAACAACUGAGCAAGCAACUGCUAGCAAUCCUUCAGCAUUUCACAGGGUGGAUUUAACAGAGCUGUAUCUUCGUAGUAGCAAGGAUGCAGAACUACACACAUGGCCAUAACCUUUUGUCAUCUUGUACUAUUGGACUUCAAAACCUAGCACACUAAUCCCUCCUAGUACUAUUAGGGAUUUGCAGGACUUUGCCACUUUUCCUGUGCUAGGAAUGAUUGAUUAGAUCUUGGUUAUAUGGGUUAUAUCCUCAUAUGUACAUUUUCGAGCAAAAAUGAGUAGAACCAUUUUAUAUUUUAUUUUGUAUUUGAGGAAAGUUGAUACCUUGUGCUUAUAAUUUCUUAUCUAUAAAUGCAUGAUGACCUUUUUAUAAGCUGCUUAUCUCUAGGAGAAUUAGAGAAUUAUUAACAUUUUUCCAAGAAUAAAUAAGCUUGAAGCUAGCAGGCUGGCGCAGUGGGUAAAGGAGCUUGUCACUACACUGCAGUUGAGUUCCUCCAUUUCUGGAAUGCAAAGUGAUAGAAGGAGAGAAGGGUGAACCCUUCAGUUUGCUCUCUGAAAUCCACAUGUAAACCAUGGUGCAUACGUGUAUUUGCAUGCGUGCGCGCACACACACACAAUAAAAAAGAAUAAAUGAAGUUUAUUUGAAAUCCAAAAUAUGUACAUUUUGCUCUCUUCCUCAUUCUUAUCCUUUAUUUUAUUUGGUAUAAAAACAAAAUAUUUUAUAUUUGAGCCAACUUAAUUUACCAAAAGUAAAUGAGCUUAAAUAGUAAAUUCAGUAGUUUUGAUCAUAAGUUCUUUGUUUUAGUUUUUGACAUAAGUUACUUGUUCUGUAAUCUACAAUGUUAAAGUAUUUUCCAAUUUUUAAUAACCGUACCUGAUAAAAAUUUAUAGAAUGUAUAUAUUUUUCUACUGCAGGUUUUGUUUAGGUACGUAUUACAAUUUAGCCUAUGGAUAUUAUUCCUGCUUGGAUGGCAAUAAGAGUUGUGGCUAAGACAAUACAGUUUUUAGGAAGAAGCAGGCAACAGUACUUAAUAUUAUAAAGUGACUUUAUUUUUGUUAAUAAAUAAAUAAUGAGAUCUGCAUUCCUGAUCCUCCUCUCUCCCUCCCUCUUGACCAAUCUGCCUGCUUGCCCCUCUCUUUCUUUGUAUCACACAGUUUAGGUCAGAGAAAUAUUUUGUUAUAAUGUAGGAGUAACCGUUUUAAUUCCAGUUCUUUAUUGUCUAGAUAUUUAAUUAGAACCUAAACUGAACUGUUACCUAGAUAUCUUUUCAAGCUACAAAUAUAUGUAGUUUAUAUUCUCCUUGCUUCUGUCGCCUAAAUUUUAUGAUACCAGUGGUAUUUACCAGAAUUCUUUGCCAUUGUGAAUUUUGAAAAAUAUUUUUAGACUUAUGAAAAGUGGAGUACUAGUGAGUACUCCCUUGGCCUUUUAGGAAAAACAUCCUUUGUGAUAGUGAUAGCAGUUUGUAAAUUGAGACUUAAACUUUCUUUAACUUUACUUUGUUUAAUAGAUUUUACUUUUAAAGUUGGCACAUACGUUUUUACAUGUAAUCUUCUGUUGUCAGUACAGGCACAAACUUCUGCACUUUGAACAUCCUACACCCAAAUAAGGCAUUUGUCAGAAUUGGCCAACCUACACCAACAUAUCAUAGGCUUGCUAUUUUUAAUAUCUAGAAUUUUAUUUUCAGCCUUUUUUGUAUUCUCUGACUUUUAAUUACUACAUUUGAUACAUGCCAUUGAUUUAAUUCAAUUUUAAUGAUCCAAUUAAUAGUUAAGCAUAUGCAUAUUAUAAAAUUUGAGGAAAAGAUAUGCUUUCUUGGUUUCCCAGUCUCCUAGAUAGCCUAGAUAAAUCAAUACAAAGAAAAUUGUAUUUAAAAGAACUUUCAGGUGAAAAACUAUUGAUAGGUGAAGGUUUCUGAUGUUUCAAUCAGUCUUUACUGAAGCAUUUUUCAAAUGAAGAUGUACUGAAUGUAAAUGUGUAUGCUCAUUGUGUCCUUGAAAUUUUAUGUGAAAUGUAAGAAAAAAAAUAGG